AUGAAUGGCAUGCAUGACUCGCAUAAGCGCACUUCCAUCAGCCAGCUUCUCAAUCCGCUAGGAACUUCCCAUGAAUCAUCUUCUUAUUCUCCUUCCGUUCAGCUUCCCAGUAUCUCAUCGACGACAGCUCUCUCCCCGUACCAGCAUUCCCACCAGGCCCCCCAGGGUGCCUUCAAUGCCCCUGUCGAAUCUGGCUCAUCUUUUCAUCUCCGAGCAGCAAGCUGGGACCAUGUCACCGACGACCAGGGCAUACCAAAGCGCAAAGGAGACAACGUAGGUGCCACCGCUCGCUCCUACCAUAUGCCGCCACACAGCUAUGCGGAUGUCGGAGAUCAUGGCCCCAGGCAAGUCCGAUCGAGAAUGGAUGACUCGGGUAACUAUGCCAUGGCUAGUUCGGGCUGGCCUCCUCCUGACACCUCAAACAUGUCUUACGGCCCAUCUAUGGUUGCACCUAUGUAUUCCGAUGAACGCACCGCCUUAUCAGGCGACUACCCACCGAAGACUUUCCAGGUUGCUGAAAGAGCUUCUGUUCGUUUAGCCGCCCGAGGAUCUGUCAUGGAGCCGCCUCAACAACAGUCUAGGUACAACAUGCCACAAUUUUAUCCGGCUCAAGCCUUCCCUGCAUUGGUAUUUCAACAUCCACAUCCCCCACCUCAGAUGCAGAAACGCGCAUCCACUGAACUUGAUGAUGCCCCUGCUCCCAAGAAAAAGGCAAAGACGACUAAGAAGGCUGCUGGCGAUAACGCGAAUGGGUCAUCGAAACGCGGCUAUAAUGCAAAGAAGCGCAAUGAAGCAGCUCAGAUUGCAGCUCAGAAUGCUCAACUAAUGCCAACGGUAUCCUAUACACAAGCCCCCGGUGACAAAGGAAAAGAUAAGAAUGGUGAAGCCCCCAUGCGAAUCGUCGCUGAAGGUGGCCAUCCCGAAACCUCAUCGGGACCACUUCAUCCGGAACUUCAAUUUGCGCGUUGCAUGUCAAAUCGUUAUCGAUCGGAGCAGUUCCCCCGGUGUGUAUCAUGUACACGUCGUUGGGCCGGCGACACGUGCCGCUUCCAGGGCAUUCGUUUCUUUUUGAAGGACAGCCAAAGAAACAUAGUUGGCAUCAGCUUUGUCGAGAAUCAGAAAGCCGAUUUGCCCACGAUGAAUUUCCCUGUAAAGUGGAAUGUCCCUUUAGAGGCCCAUCACAUUCGGCGGACGAAGAGGACAAUAGCUCAAGCGUUAUUACCCACUCUACGUCAGGAGCUUGGCCACCUAAACUUCCCAGAGAUCAUUCGUCGCACAAGGGAGAGCGAUGUUCGCGCCACAUGUGAUACCUGCAUGACCUCGAUCUUCUCGAGCAGCUGGAUGUGUCGACUUUGUGGCCGCGAGGCUUGUGCAGAAUGUUUCGAACAAGUGAAAGAAUUGACCGAGGAUCGCCCUGGUGCUGGCCAAGCCGAAAUUGCUGCCUUGCAGGUCAGAAGAGAGAAACAUGCGCACAGUAAUCCUUUCUUUUUAUCCUGUACCCGACGGAACGAGCAUCAUGCCAAAGACUUUUCGCCGAUGUCACGGUUUUGCAAGGCUGAACUUGCACAGGCCAUCAAGGAUAUGGAAGCAAUGCUCGAAGAGCCAGAUGCUGACGCAUUGCCUAUCGUUGGAGUUAUUGAUCCUUCACUAGACGGUUCUCAAGUCGUUCCACCGACGUCUACUGUAACUCCCGAAAUGAGAGGCGCUUCUGCUACUGUGGCAUCGUUUAAAGUACCAGAGACUACCUUGGAAUCGGCCCCAAACAGCAAUGGAGUUCAAGUAUCUCCUGAUGAACAGGCUGCGUCUGGUUCCACGAAGCCUCCUUCGGGCGAGGAAGCCAAUCAGCCCUCGAUCAUUCCCGCAAUAGCAUCCGGCAACAAGGCAUCACCCUCUGCUAAUGCUGAAUCUUCAUCUUCCCAACCUCUGGCAGAGGAUGCGGCUGUUCUUUCUCUGGAAAUACCUUCUCACGUUACGACGACUCUAACAGAUUCGGAGCUCACGGAAGACGUAUUCCGUCCUCUGUGGGCCAAGGGGGACCCACUGGUGGUUACUGGUCUGCUGCCGAAAUUCCGCAUUCAGUGGACGCCGGAGUACUUCAUCGAAAAAUAUAAUUCACAAAGCUGUUUGAUUCUCGAAUGCCAAACCGACGUUAAUAAACGUGUUACAGUGGGCGAGUUCUUCUCAUGGUUUGGAAAAUAUGAAGGAAGAGUGGAAUGUUGGAAGCUAAAGGACUGGCCACCAUCGACUGAUUUCAAAUCUGCCUUUCCUGAACUCUUUGAAGACUUCAGUUUAGCUGUUCCAGUGCCAAAUUAUGUUAGACGUGAUGGUGCGCUCAACAUCGCAUCUCAUUUCCCCACCAAUACAGUUGCUCCAGACUUAGGCCCGAAAAUGUAUAAUGCUAUGGCGUCUUUUGAGGCCGCUGGCAGCAAGGGUUCCACCAGGUUGCACAUGGAUAUGGCUGAUGCAGUCAAUAUCAUGACACAUGCUUCGCCUACUCCGGAGGGUAAGCCAGGAUGUGCUGCAUGGGAUUUAUUCCGUGCGGAGGAUGCGGACAAGCUCCGAAACUUCCUCAGAAAGAAGUUCAAAGGCUCGUAUCAGCACGAUCCUAUUCACUCACAGCAAUUCUAUUUGGAUGCUCAGUUAAGAAAAGAGCUGUAUGACGUAUACAAAGUGAAGAGCCAUCGCGUGUAUCAAAAGCCUGGUGAAGGUGUAUUUAUACCUGCCGGUUGUGCGCAUCAGGUGUGUAAUUUGGCAGACUGUGUCAAGGUUGCUGUGGACUUUGUCAGUCCUGAGAACAUCUCGCGUUGCGAGAAGCUCACACGCGAAUUCCGAGAGCAGAACCAGUCGAUGGUAUGGAAGGAAGACGUUUUGCAAUUGCGGACGAUGAUGUGGUUCGCUUGGUUAUCUUGUUGUCGACAAGAAAAAGAGAUGAAUGAGCCUUGAUCCCCACGGAAACAAUGACACGGAACAAUGCUGAUUAGCGAGUUGUAUGAUAGUAUAGAGGAGAUAUUCUAAGGGGAUGGAGAGAAUAACGAAAAGACGAGAGCGAUAUGCCUAUGUUUUAUUCUCUUCUUGUAAACACGAUUUUAGCGCGACCUUGCUUUAUCUUCAUUCUCUCUUCUCACUUCAGCUUGUACAUGAAUUGUGGCUUCAAUAGAUCUGCCUGCUUGUUAGUCAAGGUUCUGGCGGAUGUUUUCUUGUAGACUAUCGAUAUCGUCACUAGUACGGAGUAAAAGUUGGAAUAAUAUCAAUUGGAUUAG